AUGGAAAAACCAAAGUUUUCCCAAUACUCCCAUCAGCCAACAUUGGAAGAAAUGAAGAAUAAUCGAGAAAUGAUGGAUAGACAAGAACGUGAUGCGACAAAAAAAAGUAUAAAUUUAUUAUUUAAAAAUGGAACUAAUACUUGUACUUGUGGCCGUUGUACAUCGGAUGGCGACGUCUCGUAUUGUUGUCAUGAAAUAUAUCCAGAGAAUGAAAAAAAUCAAGCUUUAUAUGGGCGACAAAUCUCGAAACAUUUUGAUAAAAUCUUUUGGAAAGGCGAUUUCCAUAAAUGUGCAGCGGAUUGUGAAGGUUUCAAAAAAUAUUUAGACGAGGAGGUAAGAACAUUUCCAUUAAUUUAUUCUGAACGUAACUCAUUUUUUUUAGAUUCUUGGUGUUUUUAUGAGUGGUUAUAAAUUUGCCAUGUCAAGAAUAAAAGAAGAUUUGAAAGCUGAGUAAGUUUUUUUUGUAUUUGAAAAAUCGUGAAAAUAUUGUUUUUGUCUGAGAAUACUCCAAAAAUUUGAAUUUUGUCUGAAUAUUGGCAAAAUAUCUCAAAUUGUCUGAAGCUUUUAAAAUUUCAUUGAAAAUCAUAAGACACUUUGAAAAUAAUGGAAUUUUUGUCUGAGAAUACUCCAAAAAUUUGAAUUUUGUCUGAAUAUUGGCAAAAUAUCUCAAAUUGUCUGAAGCUUUUAAAAUUUCAUUGAAAAUCAUAAGACACUUUGAAAAUAAUGGAAUUUUUGUCUGAGAAUACUCCAAAAAUUUGAAUUUUGUCUGAAUAUUGGCAAAAUAUCUCAAAUUGUCUGAAGCUUUUAAAAUUUCAUUGAAAAUCAUAAGACACUUUGAAAAUAAUGGAAUUUUUGUCUGAGAAUUCUCGAAAAUUCUAAAUUUUGCCCGAAUAUUGGCAAAAUAUCUCAAAUUGUCUGAAGCUUUUAAAAUUUCAUUGAAAAUCAUAAAACACUUUGAAAAUAAUGGAAUUUUUGUCUGAGAAUUCUCGAAAAUUCUAAAUUUUGCCCGAAUAUUGGCAAAAUAUCUCAAAUUGUCUGAAGCUUUUAAAAUUUCAUUGAAAAUCAUAAAACACUUUGAAAAUAAUGGAAUUUUUGUCUGAGAAUACUCCAAAAAUUUGAAUUUUGUCUGAAUAUUGGCAAAAUAUCUCAAAUUGUCUGAAGCUUUUAAAAUUUCAUUGAAAAUCAUAAGACACUUUGAAAAUAAUGGAAUUUUUGUCUGAGAAUUCUCGAAAAUUCUAAAUUUUGCCCGAAUAUUGGCAAAAUAUCUCAAAUUGUCUGAAGCUUUUAAAAUUUCAUUGAAAAUCAUAAAACACUUUGAAAAUAAUGGAAUUUUUGUCUGAGAAUUCUCGAAAAUUCUAAAUUUUGCCCGAAUAUUGGCAAAAUAUCUCAAAUUGUCUGAAGCUUUUAAAAUUUCAUUGAAAAUCAUAAGACACUUUGAAAAUAAUGGAAUUUUUGUCUGAGAAUUCUCGAAAAUUCUAAAUUUUGCCCGAAUAUUGGCAAAAUAUCUCAAAUUGUCUGAAGCUUUUAAAAUUUCAUUGAAAAUCAUAAGACACUUUGAAAAUAAUGGAAUUUUUGUCUGAGAAUUCUCGAAAAUUCUAAAUUUUGCCCGAAUAUUGGCAAAAUAUCUCAAAUUGUCUGAAGCUUUUAAAAUUUCAUUGAAAAUCAUAAGACACUUUGAAAAUAAUGGAAUUUUUGUCUGAGAAUUCUCGAAAAUUCUAAAUUUUGCCCGAAUAUUGGCAAAAUAUCUCAAAUUGUCUGAAGCUUUCAAAAUUUCAUUGAAAAUCAUAAGACACUUUGAAAAUAAUGGAAUUUUUGUCUGAGAAUUCUCGAAAAUUCUAAAUUUUGCCCGAAUAUUGGCAAAAUAUCUCAAAUUGUCUGAAGCUUUUAAAAUUUCAUUGAAAAUCAUAAGACACUUUGAAAAUAAUGGAAUUUUUGUCUGAGAAUUCUCGAAAAUUCUAAAUUUUGCCCGAAUAUUGGCAAAAUAUCUCAAAUUGUCUGAAGCUUUUAAAAUUUCAUUGAAAAUCAUAAAACACUUUGAAAAUAAUGGAAUUUUUGUCUGAGAAUUCUCGAAAAUUCUAAAUUUUGCCCGAAUAUUGGCAAAAUAUCUCAAAUUGUCUGAAGCUUUCAAAAUUUCAUUGAAAAUCAUUAGAAACUUUGAAAAUAAUGGAAUUUUUCCGGAAAAUGUGUAUUUUUUUUUAGGAAUUAUCGAUUCUACGCAUACUCGUUGAUAGUUUAUGACAUGAACAUCAAACUAAACUCAAAACGCAUUCCUUUGCCUUCAUGUAUUGUUGCGACCAUCAGAACAAAAUGGCCAUCCCAAAUUUACAAAGGAUUCAAAGCUCCAUUACCUUUAUGUUAUGAGGAAGAGUGA